UCUUAAAAAAAUUUCAAUAGCAUAUGAAGACCAUUGGCUCACAAUAUGCUUGUCUAAUAAGAAAAUAUAUGUAGUUAAAAGAAGUAUACAGGCACCAGCCUCUGAAGGGAUUGCUGUAAAUGUUUAGAUCAGGAGAAGAAUAUGGCCCGUAAUCUAUUAAUAAGUAGUUUAGAAAAUGCUUCAUUUAAUAUAAUUCUUCAAAUUAUAUUCCGAUGUGUUACAUUUGUGAUCAAUGCCUGGGUAAUAAGAAAUAUAGGACAUGAAGUUAUUGGUAUUAUGAAUGUUAGGUUAUUACUUUUAGAAAGUACGAUAUUGUUUUUGAGUAGAGAACCCUUUCACAGAGCAUGCUUAGGCCAGAAAGACAUAUGCACUUGGAGACAGAUAAUAAAUCAAACCUGGCUCUCAGUGCCAACAAGUUGUGUUCUGUCAGUAGUAUUUUUAUACAUCUGGUUGAAUAUAUUACCACAAAGUUCUCCAGAACACGCUCACUAUUACAAAUUUGGUUGUUAUAGUGUUGCUUUAUCCUGUAUUCUUGAACUAUGUUCAACUAAUGUAGCACUAAUUGCACAACUAUUCUGUUUUGUCAAAUUAAAAGUCAUUCUAGAUACUUUACAUAUUUUCGUAAGAACUACACUAUUUGUUUCUAUUAUAAUUUAUGACAAGUCUUUAGCACUUAUAGCAUUUUCAAUAGCACAAAUUGGAAGCAUUGGAGCUAUAGUAUUUGCUUAUUAUGUUUUCUUUUAUUGGUAUAUAAAAAAUAAACCACUUUAUGCAAAAGGAGCACUGAAAAGUAGAUAUGUGUCUGAAGGCAUGUUAGACAAAUUAUAUAAAAAUAUGGAUGACUUCAAUUUUACUUCUUUAAGGGAUUUUUUACCUAGAUAUUCAGGAUCUGUACAAAGUUCAUUUGAUAAAGGAUUAAGCACCUUAACUAUAAGUUUUGCUAAACAGGGUGUUGUUAAGCAGCUUUUAACUGAGGGUGAAAAAUAUGUAAUGUCUGCAAGUCCAGUAAUGUCAUUUACAGAACAAGCAACUUAUGAUGUUGUUAAUAAUUUAGGCAGCUUGGCAGCCAGGUUUAUUUUCAGGCCAAUUGAAGACAGCAGUUAUUUUUAUUUUACCCAAAUGUUAAACAGAGACCUGCCUCUUCACAAACAAGAUCAGUCCAAAAUACAAGAGUCCUGUAGUGUACUUUCUCAAGUCUGUAAAACUGUGAGUUCAAUUGGUUUGAUUGUAUUGGUAUUUGGUCAAAGUUAUUCAUACACAUUGUUAGCCCUCUAUGGAGGAGCAGCGUUUGUGGCAAAUGAUUUACCUGUCCAGCUGCUUCGGAGUCAUUGUUUAGCAAUUGUACUAAUGGCUGUCAAUGGUAUCACUGAAUGUUAUUCAUUUGCAACUAUGACAAGCAGUCAACUUAACAGUUAUAAUUAUUUAAUGAUUUUCUUCUCAAUAAGUUUUUUGUUUUUGUCUUAUAUUCUCACUUAUAUUUUAGGACCUGUUGGCUUUAUUGUAUCCAAUUGUAUAAAUAUGUUUGCCCGAAUAUUGCAUAGCAUACACUUUAUAAAUAAUAAAUAUAAAGAUACUAAGUAUGAACCUCUAAAGGGGUUGUAUGUUGGUAAAAUAUUCUACAUAACUUUAAUAGUAUCAGGGAUUGUUUGUAAAGUAUCAGAGAAUACCUAUGCCAGGGAUAGUAUGGUUCAACAUAUAGUUAUUGGGUCUGUUUGUUUGUUUUGUGUUCUUAUUGCUUGGGGAUAUGAAAAUAAGGAUCUUGUUAUUAAAACAUAUAGAAAUAUAUUUAAAAGUGAGCAUGAGAAACCAUCAAAAGAUUAGAUUUCUUUUAUUUUUAAUUGUUAUAAAUAUUAAUAGAAUUUAAUUUUUUAGAUUUUUAUUCUAUUCCUACUUGUUAUGCAUGUUAAUAUUAAAUAAUUUGUUAAGUAAACUGACUUGUAUUUAAUUAUAGAAUAAAAAAUAUAACAUAAAAA